CCAUUUGGUGACCAGGAUGGGGAGCAAGUUUUUGUACAGCGUGUAGUCCCUGAUACCAAUCAAGUAUUUGUAAGAUUGGCAUCAAAUGGGGAUAGGCUUUGCACUAUUAAAACUGUUGGAGGUUCGUCAAUAACUGCUUUUCUGGUACAUGAGUGUGAGGGAUCGAGAGUUAAUUCAAGACCAAGAAGGUUUCUGUUCACAGGCACUUCUAAUGGAACAGUUCAGAUGUGGGACCUCACAACAGCUCUGGAUCAGUACCAUGCGAACUUCACAUCUUCAAAUCUUUUACUGAGUAAUCAAGCAAGUAAUGCUGAAAAAACAACUGGUACUGUAUCCUCUUCUGCAGCAGCUGCUGCUGCUUCUUCUAGCACAAACACAAUGCUGUUAUCAAAUCGAUCUCAUGGAACUUUGCGGCAAGGACCAACACCCGAUGAACUCCUCCGUUUGAUUGAUGGUUGCGAGAUUUGUUGUGCAAGUUUAAAUACUACUCCAUCAAAUACUCCACACGCGUCUUUUGUACAUUUGCCAGAACUCGAUUGUCAUCGCUGAUA